AUGUAUUGCAAAAAUAGAGAGAAUUAUAAUAGACAUAUUAAUGGCUUUGCUGCAAUUCUUGAUGAAGUAGAAGCUGCAGAAAUUCGUAAGCAUCCAAAUGUGAUAUCGGUUUUCCUAAGCAAAGAAGGGAAACCAGCCACAACUCGUUCAUGGAAGUUUCUUGGAUUGGAAAGAUAUAACGAAGUCGUUCCUUCUAAAUCUAUUUGGAACAAGGCACACUUUGGUGAAGAUGUAAUUAUUGGAAACUUGGACACUGGUGUUUGGCCUGAAUCAAAAAGCUUUAGCGAGUACGAAGGAAUUGGACCUAUCCCAUCAAGGUGGCGUGGAAGUUGUCAACAAACCAUUGGAGAUAAAAUUCAUUGCAAUAGGAAGCUAAUAGGAGCAAAGUACUUUAGCAAAGGCAUUCUGACACAACUAAAGAUGUCCAACGCCUCUAUACCUAAGGAAAACUUUUUCACUAGUCGAGACACAAAUGGACAUGGGACUCAUACUCUUUCCACAUCUGGGGGUAGCUUUGUCCCCAGAGCAAAUAUUUUGGGAUUUGGAAAUGGUACCGCUAAGGGUGGUUCUCCAAAAGCUCGUGUGGCUACUUACAAAGUCUUAUGGCCAGGGAGCAACGAGGCCGACAUUCUGGCAGGAUUCGAGCAUGCCAGGGAGUUGUGGAUGGGUGACUCAACUCCAAGUGGAGAUUUCAUUGUAUAUCGAUCCAACAUAAAUGCAGUAAGGCAUAAUCCUAUCCUUAAGGCAUGUUUAGGUGGGAAAAGAAACUUAGAGUGUUAUGGGAGUCUGUUUGCAAUUGAGGAUGAGUCUAGGCCUCUAAACAAGUUUCCUUGGAUAUCAGUGGUUAGUGGCUUUCGAGAUAUGUUUCCUGAGGAUUUGCCAGGACUACCACCUGAUAGAGAGACCAAGUUUUGCAUUGAUUUGAUUCCCAGGACUCCACCAUUUUCUACUACCCCUUAUCGUAUGGCACCUGCAGAGUUGGAUGAAUUGAAGAAGCAAUUGGAUGAGCUAAUGAAUAAGGGAAGAAUAGUCGUUGCAAAUAUCCCUGAUCUUAGAGAGUCUGUUAUGAUUGAGGCCCAUAGGUCUAAGGUUGUUGUACAUCCUGGAAACACAAAGAUGUACCAAGAUUUGAAAAGACAAUAUUGUUGGGAAAGUAUGAAGAGAGGUGUGGCUAACUUUGUAGCUAAGUGUAUGGUUUGCCAACAGGUUAAAUCUAAGCACCAGAGACCUUCAAGGUUGCUUCAACCUGUACCUAUACCAGAAUGGAAGUGGGAUGAGAUCACGAUGGACUUUGGAUGGGAUUACCAUUAA